AUGUUUUUGUUUCCUUCGCUCUGUUGGUCUUGUUUUACUGACGAUAGCAUCCGAUGGACGAAAACGGUCAUUCUCACCCUUUUCGUCGUCGGUGUGUGCCUAGAACUGUCGUACGCGACGUGGAAUAUCGCUCUAGAGAUGACGACGUUUCCUCGGACCGCGCUCUUCGCGCAGGUUCAUCCCGUUUUCAUUUUGCUCGGCGCCGCGUGUGCUGCUUUCGUGAGUAGACAUGCCCAGUCCGAGUUGGUGACGUUUCCAAGUCGGACGGAGUGGUUCGGCGUGGGCGUAACCAUAUCUGGGGCAAUCAUCACAACGACGUAUUCCAACCGUCGUGAUCAGCAACGCCCGUCUACGAUCACUGGUGAUCUCGUUGCACUUUGUUCGGCCAUCUCGUACGCUGGGUACAUCGCAUCCAUGCGGCGCACCCAGAAUGCGAUGUACCCAGGAUUACAACCCAGGAUUACAAAUGCAAGCGUCUUCAUCGUUCAAGGAUUUGCAACUAUCAUCAUGAUGAUGUGCUCGUUUCUAAUUCUUGCGAUCGUGCCAGAUCAAGCUGACUGGUCACUCACUCCGCCUUACGGCGUGUUCGCUUGGCCGCACUGCGACGAUGUUCGAUUCAUCAUCGCCGUUGGUGUACUCAUCGCUGUGGGACACUUGGCGAUUACCGUUGCGGUUCAAAACCUGCCACUUCUCGUCGCGAGCGUGUCGUUGACGCUGUUGCCAAUCGUUCAAACAUUGUUUUCACACGCCCUCGUAGGUACGCCAAUCUUGACCGUGCGUGAAAUCGUCGGCGCCAUUGUUACGAUUUUAGGCGUCGCGUUGACCACGGUGGCGCACGAUAAAUCGCUCGCGGAAAAACAUAGAGAAAACGAGGAAGAUUCACGUAGAAUAUCAAUCGAUAAUCGAAGCUAA